AAAAAUUUACUUUUGAAAAGAGAAUUAUGGCAAAGAAUCAUAUGAAAAAUAUUGUCAUAAUUAUGACAUUGAUUAUGGUUGUUUUUGCUGAAGCUAAUGAUUCUCCAAAACCUAUAUCAACAGAUGGUUUUUUCGGUCGUUUCAUUUGCUAUCGCAACUGUUAUUCCAAAUGUAAAUAUUUAAGUGCCAAUCGUCAAUUUUAUGCAGCUUGUGUUGCAAAUUGUCAAAUAGAGAAUUGCAAUAAUACAUUAUCCAAAGAUGAAGAUGAUUGCACUGCUAGUUGUGUUCACUCGAAAUCCAAUAUAGAUAAUAUGGAUGAGCGAGGUGUUAAUAUCAUCGUGAAUUCAUGCUUGGAAACUUGCAAGAAGAAUUAGGGUUUAUUUGAAGCAACCAAUAAUUCAAAAUAUUAAUGAAGUGAGAAAUUGUGUUCAUGAAUGUUGUAAUAAUGCAUUUAAUAAACUUCUACGGAAUGCCUUGUUUUCAUGAAUCCUUUUGAUUGCUAGAUAGGCUUGGCUGUUUGGUGUGAGCUGAAACAUAGAUAUCGUGAGAGUAAACAUUUCUCAUACAAGC